AUGACGUCUAUUUUUAGCAGUAUGCUAGCUUUGUUACCUUCAAUGGUACCCUUUGCAUCAUACGAAGCAAUGUCAACACCAAUAAUUCCCUCUACAUGCCGCUGCUUUCCGGGAGAUAAAUGCUAUCCCAGUAUCAGCGAUUGGGACAGUUUCAAUCAAACAAUAGGCGGAAAGCUAAUUGCUACCGUCCCCAUCGCGGCCGUCUGUCACAACGAUCAGUUUGCAACCUAUAAUGCAAUAGCAUUCAAUACAACUACCACGGACGAUGUUAAAGAAGCAGUCACAUUUGCCAAUCUUUUGAAUAUUCGUCUGAUGAUUCGCACCACCGGCCAUGACUAUAAUAAUAAAUCAACACCAGUAAUUGGAUCAGGAGUCGUAUCUAAACAAACCUAUGAAUUUGCCGAUACAAACAACGGCAUCAUUGUUGCUAGGAAUUGUCCUACUAUCGCACUAGCUAGCAGCUCCAAUUUUCAGAGUCAGAAUUUCUUGACUAAUACGAUUGGUCCUACACUUACGGCGUUGACUCCAGAUGGAGCAGCGUAUCUCAACGAGGCGGAUUUUCAACAACCGGAUUGGAAGAGGGUGUUCUAUGGUGCGAACUAUGAUCGUUUGGAUGCGGUGAAGGCGAAGUAUGAUCCGUUGUAUACGUUUUAUGCUCUGCGGGCUGUGGGGAGUGAUCUUUGGGUUGAAAGGAAGGAUGGCCAUCUUUGCGAGGCUUAA